AUGCUCGUUGACGAUGAAGUUACCGAGGAGAAUUCUUCGAAAUAUCAUACAAUUGCUAUCUGUAAAGACCUUCCGAUAGUUGACAAUUAUUAUCCCACACAUGCUCCCAAGAAUCAUCCAGAUGGUGACUACUGGAUCAAAGAACUUGGCAAUGAAGAGAAAGAGAAAGAUUACAAAAUUCAACAUAUCGUCGCAAAUGGACGCCAUACGUCGUCCGAAGGAAAGCAUGCAAUUUUUUCAGCGUUUCUUUAUGCUUACAAUUCACAUGAAGACAUCGUCUUGUGUCCCGAUGAUCUUUGGCUCAUGGUAUGCAUCUAUUUUUCCAAUUAUGUCAAUGCAAAUGCGGAACAAUUGCGAAGACUUUUUGUUGAUCACGAAGGUAGUCAAUUAUUGACGAUCGUACAAGUAGGAUUGAUUGAACCUGAUUGGCAAGAUUUUCUUGAGCGUAUGCGUCGCGCAGUCGGCAAUAUUGUGAAGAAUGACGUUAUAGAUUCCCUAACAGCCAAUUUCUCAACCACUGGUUCGAUUGAAUCUAUUUUGUCAUGUAUUGCUGCCAUGGAUACAUUUAAGAACUACUUCGAAUACAGAUGUCUAAUUACAAGAUGUGGAAUUCGUAAUGUACACUUCAUGGGAACGUCGGAUGAUUGGCAUCUUCUACGUCGAAAAAUAAAAAAUCUGAAGAGUUUUACAACGGGUACAAACGAUACAUUUGCGAAUUAUAUCGAUGGAUUAUUGCCCAUCAUUGAUGAAUUCAUCAAUACGUAUGCCAAUAAAGUUAACAAUGAAUUCUGGAAUAAAGUCAUGGAUAUUGAACAUGUUGGGAUGGGCAAAUCUGGCAAAAUGCCUGGAACAUAUAUUAAUGGCUGGUUUACCAAAUUGUGCUACGGUUUACAUGAAAAACGAAGCUGUCACACUAAAGAAAUAACUCUAAGAUCAUUUGUGGUUCCCGUGCAAGUAGAUAAUGAGGUCACACAUUCGUCUAAAAUGUGUUACGUAGCUGGAGGAUUCCAUGGAGUAGAAUCAAAAGAUGGUCGUCACAAACCGGUGAUGAGUCUUGCGGUUAUCGACGAUACCAGUACUAUCAAGCCGUAUCAAACUACUUGA